AUGGCGAAAAUCCUCGACGUCUCCCCCGUUGGGUGGAGGUAUAUGAGAGAGUACUGGUGGCAGUUUGUAUUGAUUGCGAUCUUGCUGGCAAGUGUAGUCUGUGGAUGCUGCUAUAUCGCCUACUCGGGCACGCGACGAGCCAUCCGAUGGUAUAAGUCGAGACCCCGCGUGGAGACCAUUCCUGUCAGUGUCCUGCAACGCCUGGACAAGCUGGCAAACCAGAACUUGGCCUUGGCCGCCCAUCGCACGAAGCAGAAACCCUCGUCGGUGGGGGUUUACCUAGGCACGUUGAGUACCCCCUCGGAUGCCAUUCACCGUCGGCUUCUCGACAGCUACGACCUCUUGAUCGUGGACCCUUCCCAGUCGGGAGUGGUUCAAGCCAUCUCCCAUGCCGACGGAAAGCAGUUUAUGGGCCGAGUUGAUCUCGCCCUGGUCCCCGCUCAAGACUCCACGCUGGCUGCCAUUGAAAAGAUCGACAGCUUCCUGGCUGGCAGCUUCCACGGCGCUGCCUUCUCUGGUAUCUUGCUGGCGAACUGGGAGGACAAGUUUACGCCCACGCUUCUGGUGAAGCUGGCCGAGGCCAUUCAUGGACUGGGUCUCGCCGUGUAUUUGGAAACCGCACCGCCCACGUUUCUCGCGGAUGGCACAGUGUUGCAGAGUCCUGCCAUCUCCGGCCUGGUCAUCCGAAAUGCGAGCAUUCUCCCCGACGGUCAGAAGCGCGACUAUUUCCAGCUGAACGACUUGCGCCCCACGAUCAAGGCCUUUGUGUCGGAAGCGUGCAUGCGAGAAUUCUCGGUCAUUGCCUGGGAGACCGUCGAUGAUGAAGCUUAUCUGUCGAACGCCGUGAUUCAGCGCUCCAUGGGGUGGUGCAAUUUCUACAGUGCCAUUCCGUGGAUUGGCCGCCAGUCCGCCCUCGACAACGCCGCCCUCAACGUCAAAACGCCCGAGCCUCUGUCCUCGUUCGGAUGGCUGAAGGAUGCCGAAAUCAUGAAGGUCCACGAUCGCUGGCGCACCAAUCUACACACCGCCCGCGAUUCCGACCCGAAGGAUUCCUGGGAUGCCCUGCGGCCCUACUUCCCAUCGCUGCAGAAGGUACUUGCUUCGUCGGAGUACCCGUCCAGGACCAGCCGCACGCUGACCACCACCCUGCGUGAACCCCCGGAAUGGGUCGCCCAAGUCAAGUCACAAGGAAGUCCGCUGUCGAUUUCCAUGGCCGGUGCCGAGUACAAGGAGCUGGGUUGUUUCCCUCUUGGCUCCGAGGCAACCCCGGCCGCGUUCGCAGAGAUUGUUCAAUCCCAGCUGCGACUGAAGUCGCUCAGUUUGCUGCAUCCUGUUCCCUCGUCCAAGCUCCAGAAUAUCAGCCUGCUGCUCCGCCAAUUUCACGACAACCUCGCUCUGUCUAGCUGGGUCCCCUCCGAACACUUGGCCGCCUCGAUCAAGGAGCUGUCGACGAUGGCGUCCAACGACAUGUUGCGCGUAUACCUGGGGUUGGAUUCCGGACUUCGCAAGAGUACCGACGUUCGCUUCUGGGCCGUGUAUCAGAUGGAUACGGAUGGACUCGAUGUUUUCGCCUCGAAGAAUGCGCAAGGUCUGAUCGGUACCGUCCUCCACACCUUCCUGUCCGCGAAAGGCUACCCCCGUCACGUUUGUUUUGAGGCGGAAACCGCGUUGGCGAGAUGGUCCAAGGAUUUCAACGAGGAUAUCGGGCUGUCUCGCCGAGUUGUGCAGGAUAUUGAUGUCCUGAGUCCCGAGGAACGGCUCCUGCUGUUGCAGCACCUGUCCUUGACCGAUGCCAAGAGCGAGGUGUCGGAAACCAUCUGUGCGUAUAUCCGACGACAGCUGGUCGAUGCACCGACGCUGGCUCAACUCAAGGAGCUCAACACGGUUUCCUAUCUCGAGGGAUCGACGUCCCCCGAACAGCUGGUGGAGACGCGGAUCAAUUGGUACAAGGAACAAGGUUGUCAAUAUCCGUCCGCUGCCGCUUGUCUGGCGCUGUUCAACGAGACCGAAGCCGUCUUCGUCACGGUCCUGCGCGACCGGAAAGAGGAGGAUCUGGCGCGGAUUUCCAGCGGCCUGUGCGAGCUCGUGCAAGACGGACCCAUCGAUACCUACACGGACAUGAUGCUGCUGUCGCUGUUCUGCGCGGCGCGCAAAGGGGCUCUCGACGAGAUCUAUGCCGAGGUCACCGACCGGAAUCCGCUGUUCAACAGCCAGUCCGACCAAGCCGCUGCGUUUGCGGAAUCGUUUGCCCUCGGUUCCCGGUGCGAGGCGUAUUUCGACAUCCUGCCCAGCGCCUUUGGCAAGCUCCUGUCGGAUCGGUUCCGGAAAAGCUACACGGAUGAGCAGCUGCCCAACUGGAUCAACGGAGCGCCCGACAUGGCCACCUCCUAUGCUGGCGCGCAAAUCGACUGUGAUCCCACGCACAAGGUCAAGCCCAUGCGUGGAUACCAGCGGUUCACCUUCCUCAGUGUGUUCGCGUUCCCCGCGCUGAUUGAUAUCAUCCUGCUUACGAUCAUCGGUCGUGGACUCUACCUCUCGGCCUUUAUGACGUAUGACGAGCAGCAGAGUGCGACGAUUGCCCUCAUGAUCUCGCUCCUCCUGUCCGGAGCGAUUGGCACGUGGAUCGCCUGCGGUGGCCCUUACUAUCUCAUUUCCAUGGCCUUCGCGGCCGCCAACAUGUUUGUCCUGAUCCGACUGAUUGCGGGGAUUGCCUUCACCGUCGCGGGUGGACUCAUCGGCUUUGUCUGCAUCUCGGCCGUGGAUGGUCCGCGCAGUGGAAUUAUCUUCUACCUCUACCUGAUUGCCCUGACCAUUUACUUCUCGGCCUUUGCCUCCCUGGCGAGUUUCAGCUAUCCGGGCUCGACCUUCUUGUCCGGACGCAAGAUCAUCUUCGCCUGUGUCCCGAUCCUGUUCAUCUCCCCGAUCGUCACCACCUUCACCGGCCAUGACUCGGCGAUCUACCUGGCCGUCAUCUACGUCUUCAUCAUUUGCCUCCUGCUUGGCCUCCGAUCCGUUGCCUCCAAAUGGGUCACCUGGUACCAGAGUAUCCGGCGAACGGAUGACACGGAGAUCCGCAAGUGGUACGUCGCGACGUACGGCAACAAUGACGAGAAGGUAUUCGGCAACUUGAGCGACCCGGCGGUCCUGAAGUUAUCCCGAGAGGCGCUGCUGAAGGAUGUCCUGGCGGAGACGCAACGCUGGUUCUUCAGCAAGCCCACCACGGACAAGUUGGUGCUGGAGCUCGCCAAGGAUUGGGAGGCCACCAACUUCCUCCUGGAUUGGUACUGCCGAUAUGCCGAUGUCCCGCGGCCCAUCCCCUUCAGCUCCUCGUGGAACAUCCAAACCAAGGUCGGACUGGACGUGCUGCGGAACUCUCAGAAGGGUAUCCGACUGCACAAUGCAUUCAUCCAGUGGCGACAGUCGAGCCGAGAAAUUGGAUGUGGCGUGCUGUACUUUAUCCUCGCCCUGCUGGAUAAGUGGGUGGAGCUGCUCACCGGUGGUCAUCUCGUCGGCCUGUCGGCGUCGGUCACCAGUUCGCAGCGAAUGGCGGUGGGCUUUGCCCUGGCAUAUUACCUGAUCGGCGCGGUCCUCAUCGACACCAAGGCCCAGGAACUCCACGAUCUCAUCGGCAAGCAAACCUCGGUGGCCGUCCACAAGGCCAAGGAUAUCCGCUUGGUCCAGAAGCGGGACGUGAGAUACAAGCGCAAGGUCUACUGGCGCACCUUCUUCAAGUUCCUCAUGUGGCACGUCUGGAGUCUGGCCCUGUCGACCGCGCUCCUGUGGACCUUCCAGAACACGAUGGAGGCCAUGAUCAUCUACUGUUCUUAUAUUGUGGCGUACACGGGCCUCCUGUGGUACCAGUACACGAAGAUCUUCUCCGGUCCUCACGCCUUCAAGACCCUCCUGAUCGGGUGUCUCGUGGGCUUGCCGGUUGGCAUCGCCCUCAAGGUCCGUCUGCCGCACUUCUUGUAUUCGGAAGUCAUCGGUCUCGGGUCAGCCACCUGGACCGUCGCCAUCCUCACGGUCUUCUCCGCCAAAAUCGGCAUGCCGAAGAAGGUGGCUUCUCCGGUGGAGCUGGGGAAAGUGUUUCAUGCGUACACGGCGCCCUGGGCCGAUCCCGAAUGGUCUCAGCAGGAGUUGCAAACCUUCUACGAGAAGAUCUCGCUGGUUCCGUCUGACGCGCGCUUGAGCUUAACUCCGCAAGCCCAUCCCGGUGUGGAAGUCAAGGAGAUCCUGCUGGCACGCCGAAGGGAGCCCCGGAUCGAAGAAGCCUUCCCCAAAUCCGAAGAGCUCGUGAGCCUCGCCUUGGGCGCCUGGGGCCAAGGAGAAAUUUCCUUGGAGCUGGUUCCCAUCGGCUCUCUUGGUCCCGGUGUUCAUGCGCUCAGCUGCAGUACCACCGGUCAGCUCCACAUCGCCAUCUGCGUGGGUCGCGGACUGGAUCAACGGAUCGACGUUAGUGCGAACUGCCAAGUCAUCGCCGAGACUUUGCUCCACGCCGUUGCGGAGUCCAUGCUCCGGAUGCCGCACGAGUAUGCCGUUCUGGCGGAGUCGCUUGUCACGGCCGGCGUGACUGAAACCAUGGCGCGACAACUCCGUGCAGAGUCCAAUACGGCCGGUGUCAUCCGCUGGGCCAAGACGGAACUCCUGCAGCAACUGUGCCUCGGCUUCGAGUGUGAUGCCCACUGGGAGAAACUGCCCAAGGAUAUCCGAACCGCCUUGAUCAACCGUUGCCUGGGCCAGCCAUGCGAGCUCUCGGGCGCUAGCCGGACAUGGCUCGAGGGACGUCUGUGCCAGUUUGACACCGAUGCUCUAGACGUGCAUGUGGCCCGCAGCAAUCUGGGGGCUGCCAGUGCUGUCAGCAUCCUGGAUUAUGCGCACUACGGCACUGGCGAAGCGGCCGUCUAUCAAGACCCUGAGACACCGGAGCACAUCCCAUACGUCCCCAGGAAGCUUCCUGCCAUCAUGCAGGUCCUCGUGAAGCCCUGGAACUCCUUGUACUAUGCAUUCGCUUCGAUCAUCAAGUUCAUUGUGGUCGCCCUAGUCGCGGACCCCGAGUUCCAACGCGAAUUCAAUCAUGUCAUCCGCCAACACCAUACGAUCAUCCGAGUACCAGCCACCCUGGCCCUGAGCUUGCUCUGGUCUUACUCCCGGAUCAUGCAGAAUCUAGGGCUCUCCUUCUUUUUGUUCCAUGGUCGUGAUAAUGUGAAGCAGCUCUGGAAUGAGACCAAGGGAAUGACCAUCAGCAUCAAGAAGAGCCGGUUCAUCAUCCAGAGUCUGGACGGCACAUUCACUGCCUUCAAACACGACGAAGCUGAUGGGGGCUUCAAGGUCUAUUAUUAUUCCGGACAGCACAAAGCAGAGCCCGAAGGCACCAAGAGUCUUAGCUACGUCUGCGUGUACUCCAAGGACGUGCUGCUUUUGGUCCGCCAGGAAUUCAAGGCUGGAAAGCUCCUCAAUGAGUACCAUUACGACUACCGCGCCCCGUCUAAGAAGACCUUCGGCCUGACCAAGUCCACGCAAGCGAAGAUCCCCCUGGGCCGCCGUUGUGUGCGUGGAGACAACCACCUGCAGAGCGUGCAGUACAACCGGAAGGGACUCAUCGAAGCCGGAUCUUUCGUGAAGGAUGGGAACCUGAUUCGCUUCAAGUACCACUACCGCAAGAACCCCCGCUUUGGAGACGAAUUGCUUCGGGCCGAGUUUGCGCUCUCGCACAUCACCUGUACCGUUUCGUGGUGCGCGCCUCCUCUCCGCCAUCCCGAGAAGGUCGACCGGUGGAUCCCUCAUUCCAAGGUCACGGAAGCGACGUUUGUGCAGGGUGCCGAUGUCUACGAGGCCCGUUGGCUCUAUGACCACAAGUUCCAUCCCACCAUCUUCACCACUCUGAACGGACAAAAGGUCCAGACGCCGCCCAUGAUCGAACACGACUACCUCGCCGUGCUCGCCAAGCCCAAGUACACCAGUUUUGUGCAUGACAAUCCUCUCUUGUAUUGCGACAGUCUCAGCUCCAGUGUGUUCACCCGGUUCUUUGGACUCACCAAGAAGCGCUUCCCGGUGUCGACUUCGCGCGCUCGUUCCUUGAUUUGGAAGGCGUGGAAGGAGCGUGUGGACUUUGAUGGUGUCAUUGUCCGCUGGAUGGAUGAACGACUGUUGCGGAGAGACAAGACCCUCGCCCCUUACUGGCGUAGCCGGGAUCGCGGUGAUCUCGCUUCGGCCAAGAAGUACCUGGAUAUCCGCGCCGACACUGUCACUGCCAGUGCGGAUUUGGAUGAUAACAUUUCGAGCUGGACUCCGCUUGCCGUCAAGAUCAGUGAUCUGUUCAACUUCGGACCGGGUGGUGAUGCGGUCGUCAACACCAGAUCCAAGGACUUUGGCGCCGAUACGGAAAAGUCUCUGCAUGUCAUGGCGGCUGAUAACGGUACCUGGCCCAACGAAGGAGGCGGUGUUUCGGCAUGCCGACGUGAUAUGAUCAAUUCCCUGCGGACCAUCAAGUGGCAUAUGAUUUGCGAGUCGGCCAACGACUUUGGUAUUCCCAAGCAUCAGACCGAGCAGAACAUCCUGUCGUUGAAGGUGGUUCCCCUCUGGGGUCUCGACUUCCUGACGCCCACGCACGGUCUGUUCACCAACAAGCUGGACUCGGAAGUCGAGAACGUCACCUCCGCCAGUGAGAUGGACAUCAAGAUGAACUUUAUCCCGAUCCUCACGGCCUUGGUCAAGGGUGCCCGUGCGGUCCAUCUCUCCAAGGCUGAUAUCCAGCAGGCCACUCGAGCGUUGGUGAACCUCAACACUUACUUCCAGGACUCCCGGCACUGGACCCAAGUCUGGGACAGCGAGAUCGUCAAGGAGAGCUGGCGUGACCUUUGGCUCAGUCAGGAAAUGUCCAAUGCGGUCCCCUCCUCCGAGUGGUUCCGCACUGAGCUGCCCACGUUGGCGUCUCUGGACAUUGCCCUGGAACUCUGGUAUCGCUAUCUGUUCAUCUUCUCCAUCCCGAUCCCGGAGAAGAUCCCCAACGUGUUCCAGGCCUCUCACCACAGUGUCAGUGCGUCUUACGGCGUCGUCUGCAAGAUGAAGAGAAACUGCACCCUCCAGAUUUGGGACCAUGCGAUCAGUUGGCGUGAAACGAACCUCUGCCUGUCUUCCGCACUCUGCAAGCUUUCUCCCUUCGUCCGCAAUGCUCUGCUCGGAUUGAUGCGAGUCACCUCUGUCCUGACUCUGCAUCAUGCCGAUAUCAUUCUGCCAUGUGCUGAUUUCUUCAACCCAGGCUGGGAAGUGGAGAUUGGCACCUGCCAAGGCACCAUUGAGCACCGCAACGUUUUCCGUCGCAAGGUCGACCCUGUCGUCAACGGCAUCACUGAUAUGCAAAAGUUUGCCCCGGUCAAGGAGAUCAAGUCCGAGCGCCCUACCGUCACCAUGUUGUCCCAUGUGUGGUAUGCCAAGGACAUCAAGAUUGCGCUUCUUGCCGCCGACAUCAUCAUCAACCAGUGGAAGUUCGAUGAUUACCACCUGGAUAUUUAUGGAGCCAUUGACAAGGCACCCACAUACUCUACGGAAUGUCAGGAAAUCAUUGCAUCCAAGGGUCUCCGUGGCAAAGUUACUCUCCGCGGUACUGCAGACCCCAUGAAGGUGCUGGAGAAUACCUGGUUGUUCCUCAACUCGUCUCUGUCCGAAGGUCUCCCGUUGGCCCUUGGAGAGGCUGCUCUCACCGGUGCCCCCGUGGUCUGCACCGACGUCGGAGCAUCCCUCCGCGUCCUGAGCGACCCCGACGAUUUCUCUCGCUUCAGUGCCGUCGUUGCCCCCAACGAUGCUCUGGCUCUCGCACGGGCACAAAUCACCAUGCUCGGUCUCCUCGGAGAAUGGAGCAAGUACGCCGAAGAUACCGAGGCGCCGCCCGUGCUCACCUCCUCUCCGACCCCUGAGGACGUCGCCAAGAUCACCCGUCGCAUGUACGAGAAGAGCGAGCACCGUCGCAAACUGGGCAUGAUGACCCGCAACAUCGUCCAGAAGUCUUUCAGUGGUGACCGAUACCUCCGCGAGCACGAGCAAAUGCUCUGGAUUGGCAAAUCGGCCAAGACCAUGGCCAACCGCCCGAACGGUGCCCUCAACGAGCCUAUGGACGUCGCUACCGCCCUGCAGCAGACCCUGACCAUCGACGAAGAAGUCAUCACCAUCCCCCGCAGCGCGGUCAACUCCUGGCGCUCGUCCGCUGGAUCCGGCCUGUCGACGCUGUACAGCUCCGUGUCCAACUUCCCCAUGCUGAACGCCCACCAGCGGCCCUCCUCCAUCCGGUCCAGCGUCAGCAACGCCUCCACCGACGCCAGUUCCUUCAUGCCGCUCCCCAGCAGCGCUUCCCUGCCCGUCUUCGCCCCCCGCCAAACCCUCUCCUUCUCCGGCCUGCCGGGCAGCAAAUCCCCCACCGGCCAUCUCUCCCCCUCGGGCCGCCUCUCGCCCGUCCUGAGCCGUACAGGCCGUCACUCGCGCACGCACUCGCUCUCCACCGCCGGUCGAGAGCAGCUGCGCGGCCUCCAACGCGAGGACCUCCACCAGUACCGCAACUCGGACGUCAGCAUGAUGAUGCGCGAGGAAUUCCUCCAAUCGAGCAUUUUCCGGGGCAUUGAAGGGGCCGGCAAUGUUGUGUGA